AUGCGGGCCUUCAUAGCCACUCAUCACCUAUUCGUCGACGCGUCACUGGAAGGUUGGGGAGCCCAUCUAAGCAACCAGACUACUUCAGGGCUGUGGUCUCCCGUCGAACUUGGACUCCACAUCAACCUGUUAGAGUUGUUGGCAGUCUACUACGCUAUCCUUCAUUGGCGACAGAUGUUGACGGAAGCCUCUCUCAUGGUGGCCACAGACAGUACGACCGCGGCGGCUUACAUCAAUCGCAUGGAAUUCGAUUUCUUCUACGACGAAAAGAACGCGGUCGUCAAGUUAGAAUACGACAUGGAAUACACUAUGGAAGACUGGAAGAUACUGAAAGAACUAAAUAAAACUGACAGUGUUUCUAGAAAGAAAAGAAAAGCUAUUAGAAGCCUAAAUUCGAGAUGGACAGCCAACACCUUGCCUUAUGAAAUAGAAGCUAACACGUUCACAACCCGGCAGAGAGCUGAAAUAAUGGCGGCCAUCGAUGAGUGGCAAACGUUCACGUGUUUAACAUUCCGCCCCGCCCGUUCUUCAGACACGAACAGAAUACGAUUUCAGAACGGCGGAGGAUGUUCGUCAUUCGUGGGAAUGAUAAGACGGAGAUCUCAGUCUGUCACUCUCGCACGCGGAUGUAGAGUGAAAGGUAUUAUUGUACACGAGGUCGGCCAUGCCGUGGGUUUCCACCACGAGCAGACGAGACCCGACAGGGAUAACUUCGUAAGCAUCGUGAGGCGGAACAUCCCUUCGAACCUCUUGUACAACUUUCAGAAGUAUUCCGCGGCUGUCAUCAAUACUCACAGCGUGCCCUACGACUAUUUAAGUGUGAUGCACUACGGUAGCACGGCUUUCUCUACGAAUGGCCAACGAACGAUUAUUACGAAAAACCCGGCUUUCCAAAAUAUCAUCGGUAACAGAAGAGGGCUGAGUUUCAGAGACAUCAAACUAGCCAACAUUAUGUACUCGUGCGCAGCUUCAUCUGGGUGUGCCAAGAUGAACUGCGACGGCGAAGGGUUUGUGGGUAAAGACUGCAAGUGCUGGUGUCCAGGAAAUCCCGUUAAGUACUGUGACGGUGGAGGCGAGAUUAAAACCGGAAACGGAAAUGGAGGGGGAAAUGGAGAAACUGGAGGCGGUACAGAUGGUGGCGGUACAGAUGGUGGAUCCGGUGGUGGCGAGACUGGAGACUGUAUGAACAUGAAUCAGAACUGUGAAUUCUGGGCGAGUAUAGGAGAGUGUGAUAAGAAUCCAGGCUACAUGAAAGAAUUGUGCAAACCAGCAUGUGACGUUUGCAAUGCAGUUAAACCUGCGAGCUGCGAGGACAUGAACAGGAAUUGUGAUUACUGGCAGGGCAAGGGUUACUGUCAGCAAGAGUUUGUCAUGUACAUGAGAGAAAACUGUCCCAAAGCAUGUGGAGUAUGCGAGUCAGACGUAGCCGGCAACAACGCGUCUGAUGACGACAACUUGUCAAACACGACGUCUACAGAAGCACCGUCUACGUCAUCUUCGUUAUCAACAUGCUUUUUGUCUAUAACAUUUUCGUUGAUAUUACUUUGUGCAGUGAAGGUGUAAUUUGUCAUUGCAAUUUCUGAUAAAAUGUACAAAUGCUCAAAUACAUACAUCUCAUAUAUGUGCAUGUAUAUUAUUAUCCUCCACUUUGUUUUGGUCCUAUCACAUUCAUUUAACCUAAAACGCAAAAGCUAUUCUAGCGCGCGACCUAGAACUGUUGUCUUUCUGGAGAUCCUCAGAACAGUGGGUUUAAUGGUUAAUUGUUAAUGAGAGAGAAGUUAGUGUAGUGACCUUCCCGUUCAAGAGAUGCAAAAACACUCUAGGUGAGAGCCGGCACUGAGGAACUAACUCGGACUCUGACCUGUAAACUUUACAGUCUGGUGGUGGUAGUCCUCUUUUGAGCAGUGCAAGACGACGCACUCAACAAUCAGCGGUGCUAGAAGGGUGUAUUCCACAAAAUGAUCUCCUCGGGGAUGGCUGUCCUCCUAUAGACGAGGCACUAGAUAGAGAUUCGUGAAAUCAAAAAAUUAAAUUCUGAAAACAUUAUGGUGUGUAAAAAAACAAGGUUUUUUUUUUUUUUUUU